AUGAGUGCCCUAACUAAGAAAAGCGUUCUUUUGGGCUUGAGAGGUUUGAUUUCAGAGUUGAGAAAGUGCAGUCCAACAGGUAAUAUGAAGGAGUCGCUUGUUAUGACGUACAUCUUCGAGCAAUACCGUAACUUUAAGGUGACGGAUGAACAGCUGUGUAAGGCUCAACAGGAGAUGAACUUCUUGGCACAGUCUUAUCAUUGCUAUUUGAGGAGUCUGAGAGAGUAUGAAGAGCUGCACAGUCAAUAUUUGAGUAAGGGUGAACGCACAGUCAAGCAAACGGCUGACUUGGUUGGCUUCAAACUUCCACAUGAUGCUAAGUAA